CCGGUUUCUGUAAGGAUGAGGUAUAUGUAGCUUAUUCGUAAAUGUAAGCGUGUCACACUAGCAACAUAUUUGUUCAGUAUCGGGUGUUCUAUUUGAGCAAAAUCGUAGAACGGAAGAUGGCUUAUUUAACAACCAAUCCUGCUGAUGAAAACAGGUACCUGUGCAUAUAUCCAUCUUACAUUAACAGUAAAAAGACAUUAGCGGAGGGUCGAAGAAUACCAACUGAGAAGGCUGUGGAAAACCCUUCAUGUGCUGAAAUCAAGGAUGUUUUAACUGCAGCAGGAAUGAAUGUCAGAGUUGAGAACAAACUAUAUCCAAGGGAAUGGAAUAGAGAUGUACAGUUUAGAGGAAGAGUGAGAGUUCAAAUCAAACAAGAGGAUGGAAGUCUCUGUCAGGAGAAAUUUACCUCAAGCCAUGAAUUGUGCAUGUGGAAAUGCUCAUACUAAACAUGGCUAUGAUUUCUACCAUCAGUUUUUACUAAGUGUUUAAUUGAACUUCAUUCAGUUUUUUUUUUUUGUGACCGCAUUUCAUCUGGCGUAGGUGAAGGUUUAGCACAGUCCUUACAGGCUUUAGUAAUGUGUUGGACAGUUCUUAACACAAUUCCAGUCAUUUCAAAUAUCUUUAGUUUUCAGUGUUUGAUACAGGCUAAUAAUUUGAAAUUAGGGAAUUUGAAAUGGGAACUUAUUAUUGUGUAGUUCAGCUUGUAUAACAAUAAUUUUCUUAUUUUUUUUAUUUUUUAUGGGCUUGCUACAAUACUUUUAGCACAAAAAUAUGUAAUCUUUAAAUUACCUAACCGUUUUUUCGAUAGUUAAUGUCAUUUUAUCAGAUGCUAUGUUUACAACUUCCCAAGCUAUCCCUGCUUUCAUUGAAAUAGAAUACAAAUAAGCUCUUAACAACUUGAGUGAGAGGGAAGGUGUUUCAGAAUGUACAGCCUGUCAUCUAGUCAGAUGAAUAUCAAGAUGACAGCAUAAUCCAUGGAUACAGCCUGCCUUGUGUCAACAGUUUCAGCUGGUGGUGAUGGUGUAAUGGUCUAGGGAAUGUUUUCUUGGCACACAUCAUUGACACGAGUUGAGCAUUGCUUGAAUGUCAUUGCCUAUUUGCGUUUCAUUGCUGACCAUGUGUGUCUUUUCAUGGCCACAAUUUAUUCAUCUAUCCAGAAGUUGCUUCCAGCAUAAUAAUGCACAUUGCAUGAAAUAAAAGUAAUUUUUAAAAUGGUACCAUGACGAUGAGUUAACUUUUUUUCAGCAACCUCUCAGUCAUUGGUACUAAACACCAUUGCGAUGAGGAAGAACAGGUGUUGGCUGUAUGAAUGUUCAGCUGACGAAUCAAAGAUGUGAUGCAUUCAUGUUAACAUAGACUAGAAAAGUGGAAUAUUUACCUAAUAUCUGGUGAAAUCCAUGCCGGGCAGACUGAGGGUGUCGGGGUGCAAAAUGGGCUUCUUUCCAGAGUUCUAAAUAAGGUGUUAUUUUUAGAUAUUUGAUCUUCUAAUUAUUACACAUCUGCACUACCAAAACUAAAUCUAUUCACACUCCUAUUACCAGUGGUGAGGAAAUGCAGUGUACUUACUAAUGAUCUGGCAAUAAACUAGAAUGUUCAGUGUUACUGGUAAAAGAUUAACAACAGUAGGGAUCACCUGCCUCUGUCAGAGUAAUACAACACAACUAAGUGACCUUGUGAUCAUUUGUAUACAUUUUGUCAUUUAAUUUAUUGGAAAUAAAAACAUAAAUUUAAUAAUAAAUUUUAUUUCUUUAUUCACCCCCCCAAAAAAAAAAAAAA